AUGAGGCGAUUCUUUGGACGUAAGGAAGAGCCAAGGCGCAACUCAGACGAUGAGUACAAAAAGAUGCAAUACUAUUCUCCGCGAGGCAUCAUCCCUGUCAAAGUUGUAGAGCAACAGACGCAAGAAGUUGUCUUUGAUCCGACCAAAGUCUCUCGCAACACGAAGGACUAUCCUCAUGCUUAUGAGGAUGCAAACCUAGAGGGAAAGACCUUCCAGGAGUGGGAGCGUAGACAUGACGAGGAGAAAGUUCGUCUGUACGAGAUGCCAGUCAACACCAGAAUGAACUUGACCAAGAGACCGGCAACGUUCAAGCAGGUCCAAAGACGUGAGCUGGAAUUACGUCCGAACGAUAGGAAGGAUGUUGUUCAGAAAGAGCUUAACGAUCCAGGUGUCUUUCGGGGCGUCAUCACUGGAAAUGUUGAGACUGGUCGAGUCUACGGUGUCCAGGGCGUUAUCUAUCACCCAGAACAAAACCCUCGUGGUUUUAGACGAUCUCCCGUCGAGCCAUUGGAUCGUGAGGGGCGUCAGUUCUUACGCCGUUUUGAGGACGAUGCUGCUGAUCCCAAUCGUGUGACGACUUGGCCUCCUCGGGAUGAGGAUGCAAGUGACCUUCAGGCAUAUGAGGAACGGUACAAGCAGGUUAGGAAGACUCGUCCGCCUCAGCAGCAGAAGUCUAAGCAAAAGGCACCCAAUGCGAAUUGA